GCUCCUCUUCGUCGAUCGUCACCAGAGAUCGAUCUGCCGCCAUGUCCAGCCUCACCACGGCCGGCAGCUCGGAGGAGCACCACUACUCCGUCUCCGCCGAGGAGGUCGGCACGCACCUGUCCCUGGGCAUCGGCGGCAGCGGGUCCGGAGGAGGGGGAGGGAGGAGCCGGCCGCGGACGGUGCAGCUGUUCGGCGAGGUGCUGUCGCUGCAGGGCGACGACCAUGAUGUUGGAGAGCGUCACCGGGAGCCCACGGCGCCGCCGGCGAGCAGGAAGAGGAGGGAUCGCGGCGGUAGCGGCGCCGCGGGUGUGGCGGCUAGCAGGCAGCAGAACAAGAAGGCCAGGAAGCUCCAGGACGCGGACGACGGCGACCGUACUCGGAGCAUGACGAGCGCCGGCGCCGGCACCGGGAGGAAGAAGCUCCGGCUCACCGCCGCGCAGGCCGCCAUGCUGGAGGACAGCUUCCGCGCCCACAACAUCCUCUCUCAUGGCGAGAAGCAGGAGCUGGCGCGGCGUGUUGGGCUGAGCGCACGGCAGGUGGAGGUGUGGUUCCAGAAUCGGCGGGCCCGCACCAAGCUCAAGCAGACGGAGGUCGACUGCGAGCUCCUCCGCCGCUGGUGCGACCGCCUCACCGACGAGAACGCGCGCCUCCGCCGGGACCUCGCCGACCUCCGGGCGCCCGCCAGGGUCGCCGUCUGCGCCUCCUGCUGCGACAGGCAGAUGGUCGCCGCGGCCGCCGUCCGCGCCGGCGAGAUGGCGUGACGGGAUCGGGAAUUACAGUAACUGAUGACCCAAGGGGAUCGAGCUCACGGCCGUGCGCGCAGCAUGGAGUCCAAGGCAGAAUUUCCUUUCCCUUUUCUCUUGUAGAUAAUCAGUUAGAUACAUGGACGGGAUUAUACUACUAAUUAAUUACGUAAUUACCACACUACGCGAACUUUAAUUCGUUGAAAAGUAGGGUCUAAUGAGGUUCUCAUCACUGACAAAUACAUGUUUCGAUGGAACACGUCCAUAUAUGAUACAGUACAAUUCAUACUUUUCAGAUUUGUUUAUGUCCAAUUUCUUUUUGUCAUGCAUGUUCCUUCGAUUCUCUCUUGCAAGGUGUGUGUUUCUCUGCUUCUACUUCUUUUGAUUUGGAUUCUUGGGCUGGGUUUCGGUGAUCUUUUUUUUUUCAGAACCUGAGCAGAGAAGAAGGAUUACAAUGAGGGUUUCAAUGCCUAAAUACAAUAAUACACCAUCAUAAUCAUAUGAUU